GAGGGGCGGGGCUAGCAUGAGCUGCCGGUAAUUCAACCAGCUGCUGCCCUGGGGCAUCCUGGGAAACCCCCCCCUUGAGAAAGUUAGUGGUUAGGAGGAGGGUAGAAAUGUCAGGGAAGGGGGUGGGAGACCGGGCAGGGCAAGAGGCAGAACGGGGGGUGAUACAAGGGGGAGCUGAUCUGGGGGUGACAGAUAGGAGUCAGCAAGAAGGGGGGGAUCAUGGAGAUUGUGAUGGGGUGAGGCAAGAAGGGGCAGUUCCUGGGGUGAGGCAAGAAGGGGCAGUUCCUGGGGUGAGGCAAGAAGGGGCAGUUCCUGGGGUGAGGCAAGAAGGGGCAGUUCCUGGGGUGAGGCAAGAAGGGGCAGUUCCUGGGGUGAGGCAAGAAGGGGCAGUUCCUGGGGUGAGGCAAGAAGGGGCAGUUCCUGGGGUGAGGCAAGAAGGGGCAGUUCCUGGGGUGAGGCAAGAAGGGGCAGUUCUUGGGGUGAGGCAAGAAGGGGCAGUUCCUGGGGUGAGGCAAGAAGGGGCAGUUCCUGGGGUGAGGCAAGAAGGGGCAGUUCCUGGGGUGAGGCAAGAAGGGGCAGUUCCUGGGGUGAGGCAAGAAGGGGCAGUUCUUGGGGUAUCAGGUGGGGCAGUUCCUGGGGUAUCAGGUGGGGCAAGGGAAGGAAGGGAAUUACAGGCUGGGGAUGUACCAGUAGGGAGCGCUGGGCUGAGAGUAAGAGCAGAGCCAAGGCUGGAGCCAAAGGUGCCAUACAGGGCUAUAGCCGGGCACAGAGCUGGGCUAAACCAAAAAGGGACAGAAAUGGGGGUGACUGAUGGGCUAAACCAUAAAAGGGUAGUGCAGGAGAGGAUUAGGGAGGCAGGAGGGCCAGGACAGUGUCUGACCAUUAAGGCAGCCCAGCGAUGGCCCCCUAGGCUAGGCAAUGAGGCAGUGAAACCUGGAACUGGGGGGCUGGGGAGGGCAGCCGAGUGUAAGGGCAGUGGGCACCUAGGGGACAAGCACAGCGGCACACAGGGGGGCAAUAUCCCUGUAAGGUCAGGGCCCAGGUUGGCAUCAGGGCAGCAGGAAAGCCGGCGCAGCACCAGGUUUGGGAGAAGAGAGGGCUCGGAAGACAGGGAGGAUCAGAGAGCCAAAGAUGGCUAUAAGCCCGCCAGUCGGGGCACAAGUUGCCCACCUAUCCCCCAUAGACGGGCCGAGCACAGAGCCGCUGAAAGCAGAGGGGCAAGAUUAGCUAGCAGGGGCUCCCAGAAACAGGAGGUAAAGAACGGGCAGAAGAAAGCGGAGGGAAGGGUUAAUAAGAGACAGGUGACAGUGGACAGCUCCAAAGCCAAGACGUCCUUAGAAGCCUUAAAGAUGAGCAUCAAACAGCUGAAGUGGAAAGAAUUUCCCAUGGGUCGUCGCCUACCCUGUGACAUUUAUUGGCAUGGAGUAUCCUUCCACGAGAGCGACAACCUCUCCUCUGGGAGAGUCAACAAAUUCCCAGGGAUGGCUGAGAUGGUGCGUAAAAUCAACCUGAGCCGAGCCGUUAGGACCAUGCAGGAACUGUUCCCAGAAGAAUACAACUUUUACCCGCAGUCUUGGAUCCUUCCGGAAGAGUAUCACCUCUUUGUUGCACAAGUACGUCUAGGAAAAGAAAAUGACCCAACAUGGAGACCGACGUUCAUUGUGAAACCGGAUGGUGGUUGCCAGGGUGAUGGGAUCUACCUCAUUAAAGACCCAUCUGAAAUCAGAAUGAUGGGAAGCUUGCAGAACAGACCGUCUGUGGUCCAGGAAUACAUCACUAAGCCCCUCCUUAUAGACAAGCUCAAGUUUGAUAUCCGCCUCUAUGUCUUGAUAAAGUCCCUAGAACCAUUGGAAAUUUACAUAGCCAAAGAUGGCCUCUCCAGGUUCUGCACGGAGCCUUAUCAGGAGCCCAACCAUAAGAACCUUCACCACGUCUACAUGCACUUAACCAACUACUCGCUCAACCUCCACAGCGGGAACUACGUCCACUCGGACAGCAUGCACACCGGCAGCAAGAGGACUUUCUCCAGCGUGCUCUAUAGGCUCUCGGCCAAAGGGCUGGACGUUAAGAAAGUGUGGUCGGAUAUCAUUUCACUUGUGAUCAAGACUACUUUGGCUCUAGUACCGGAGCUCAAGGUCUAUUACCAAGCCGAUAUACCCCCGGGAAAGCCAGGACCAACGUGCUUCCAGAUUCUAGGAUUUGAUAUCCUCCUUUUGAAAAACUUGAAACCUGUGUUACUUGAAGUCAAUGCCAAUCCGAGCAUGAAGAUCGACCACGAGCAAGAGCUCCUUCCGGGGGUGUUCGAGCACGUGCCGAGCCUGGUGGACGAGGAGGUGAAAAUCGCCGUCAUCAGGGACACCCUGCGCCUCAUGGAUCCUGCGCGGGCGAGGGUUAGCUGUAACCAGUCGUAUCCUUCAGAAAGUGCAUUGGAAACAGACAGGGGAUCAUACAUGGAAUCAGCAGACCAAGCGGAGGCAGAUAGCACCUUACCGUCCCUUUGUCUCAAGCAAGUGUUUCCCAAAUAUUCUAAACAGUUCAAUUAUCUGCGGGUGGUGGAACGGGUGGCCUCCAUCUUCCUACGAUUCCUCGGCAUCAAGGGGACCAUGAAGCUCGGACCAACCGGAUUCCGGACGUUUAUAAGAAGCUGUAAGCUGAGCUGCAGCAAUUUCUCAAUGGCGUCGGUAGAUAUCCUGUACAUCGACAUAACCAGACGCUGGAGCAGCAUGGGGUUAGACCAAAGAGAAUCAGGUAUGUGCUUACAGGCCUUCGUGGAGGCCUUCCUCUACUUGGCUCAGAGACGAUUCAAAGGCCUCCCUCUACAGGAUCAAGUGCAGUCUCUGAUAUCUCUGUGUGAGAGACACUUGGACUCCUUGGACGAAAAGAGACUUCUCUGCGGCCGGACCCAAGCCCCGAGCUCCUCCCUCCACAGCGAUCUGCACUUAACCCCGUGUGUCCCCCUCCUCAGCCGCACCUCUACGGCCUGCAAGCUCGCCGACUACAAGCUGCAGCAUUCUUGAGCAAAAUGUAAUUUGUACGAAACGUUUGCGUUCUAACCCAACACUCUGAAUGUUCUACUGCAGUUCUGAUAUAGAGACUUCCAACGCUGCUUAUUAUAUUAAACACCAUACAAGAGAUUUAGGCGGGAGGAAGAGGAGGAGACCACUGAACCCUACCCAUGAUCCUCAGGGAAGAUAAGCCGGCCAUUAAAUGGUUACAUUCAUACAUGCUUCCAAACUGGUCAUAUGUGGGUCGAUCCAGGUUUGAUUGGUUGGACCCCUGUUCCAUGAUAGGAUCACAUUAUAACCGGACUGAAUUAGGGGCUGAUGGGAUAUUUACAGCCUUCCCAUUCAAUAUGAGCGGCAAUCAGAUGGCAAUAGUGGCGGCCAGACUAAAGGUCCCCAUACACGGGCCGUUUCUAGCUGCCGAUAUGGGUCCCUUAGACCAAUUC